UUCAUUUCAUCUUCUGUUAUACAUUAUCGAUGGCUCUGUGUCUGUUCCAAAACCCCACCUUCCUUAAACUUAAACCCCAACCUUCAACCGCCACGACGCCGAGGUGGGGCUACGUUCGGGUGCGGUGCGGUGGACCGCGGUCCCAUCGAACCCCUCUGGUGAAAGGCCGAAUCCUGAGCAUCGAAGCAAUCCAAGCCAUCCAAACCUUAAAACGCCUCCACCGAACCAACCCUCCAGAACUCACCUCCCUCGUCUCCAACACCCUCACGCGCCUCAUUAAAUCCGACCUCCUCGCCACCCUGCGGGAGCUCCUACGCCAGCAGCACUGCACCAUCGCCCUCCGCGUCUUCUCCACCCUCCGAUCCGAAUACGGCGCCGACCUCUCCCUCUACGCCGAGAUGGCACAAACCCUCGCCGCCAACGACAUGACCGACCACCUGGACCGUCUGAUCCUCGACCUCGCAUCUGAGAAUGAAAUCAAGUGCGGCGACGAUCACAAGGGGCUAGCCAGUUUGAUCAAGGCCGUCGUUGCUGCCAGGAGCAGAGAAUCAACUGUCAGGAUUUACGGGCUCAUGAACAAGAGUGGAUAUGGUUCCGUUACUGAACCCGAUGAGUAUGUGGUUGAGGUUUUGGUUAGUGGGCUCAAGAGUUUCGGGGAAGAGGCUCUUGCUAAAGAACUUCAACAUGAAUACAAAAUUGCACUUGCUAAGUUCUCUACGCCCCAAUUAAACACAUUACGCUUUUAGUCAAGUUUGUAAAUAUUUCUUCUUCUUCUUCUUUUUUUUUUUUUUUUUUUAAUAUAGUCAUUAGGUAGCUGCAGAAGAAGAAUGUCCUGGCAAUUUGUCAACCCCAAUUUAUUUUUUCUUACAAAUGUUAUGAUUAGAAUAUGCUUUACAGUGUUGCAGUAAGCUUAUUUUGAAUUGAAUGGUUUCUGAUUAAUUUAUACUCACUUUAUGAGCAAUGUAUAUUAUUAUAUUAACACAUUCUUGGGAUUUCAGACUUAAAGACUUGUAGGUAAUAAAUAUAUAUAGGCAAAGUUCUGAAUUAGCUACU